GUGUCUUUGAAGUCUAUGCUUUCUCCAGGAGGGUUGCCACAUCUCCUUYAGAUUCGCAGUGGAGCUGGUAAAUAUUAUUCCCAUUAUUCAGAGGAAGUAGCAGAGGCAGGGAUUUGUAGGAACCCAAAAAACGGAGUAGCUGAGCUAAAAGCAAGAGGGAAGAGUUUCCAGUUGUGCACUGGGGGAAAUGAAGAUUGCACACCAUGGGUGUUGGAUACGCCUCCAUCUCUGCGUGCAUCCAAUCGGGAUGGACAGGCUGGGAUCCCUGCAAAGCCUUUUCCUCCAGCCCAGAUCGUGGUGCCCAGCCCCCUGCUGCGUCAGAACGAGCAGCUGCAGCUCCUGGAGCGCCUGGACUCGGUGGUGAGGAACAUYGUGGAGCUGAGGAAGGAGGUGGAGGAGCUGCGCAACGGCCUCCAGGACCUGGCGGUGGAGAUCGCGGGGGAAGUCAGGACCCACCUGGAAGAAAACCAGCGAGUGACUCGCCGGAGGAGGUUCCCCUUCUCCAGGGAGAGAAGUGACUCCACAACCUCCAGCUCCAUUUAUUUCACAGCCAGCUCAGGGAACGCCAACACAGAUGAUGGAGAGAGUGAAGGGGGUUACACCACGGCCAACGCCGAGUCCGACUACGACCGGGAGUCGGAGCGGGAGAGCGAGGAAGGGGAGGAUGAAGUGAGCUGUGAGACCGUGAGAACCAUGCGCAGGGAUUCCCUGGAUCUGCCCCCCGAGGAUGAAACCCCUCUGGUGUCGGAUUCCUCGCAGGAGGAGGGGCUGGGGCAGCUCCUGGAGCAAGCUGACCGCCUGCACAGCGGGGAUGACCAGGACAAGAGAGAGGGCUUCCAGCUGCUCCUCAACAACAAGCUGGCGUAUGCAGAGCAGCACGAAUUCCUGUGGCGCCUGGCGCGGGCUCACAGUGACAUGUGGGAGCUGACAGAGAACGCGGAUGAGAGGAGAUCCUACGCUGCAGAGGGGAAGGAAGAGCUGGAGCUUGCCUUGCAGAAAUGGGAUCAAUGUGCCGAGUGCCACCAGUGGUUUGCCAUCCUUUGUGGGCAGAUGUCGGAACAGGAGAGCAUUCCCAAGCGCAUCCAGGCUGGAUAUGUUUUCAAGGAACACAUCGAUAAAGCCAUUGCACUGAAGCCACACGACCCUCAGCUCUACUAUCUCCUGGGCAGGUGGUGUUACCAGGUUGCCCACCUGGGCUGGCUGGAGAAGAGGACGGUGUCGGCGCUGUUCGAGACGCCCCCGACAGCCACGGUGCAGGACGCGCUGCNNNUGUUCCUGUAGGUCGAGGAGCUGAGCCCAGGAUUUUCCAAAGCAGGAAGAAUUUACAUUGCCAAGUGCUACAGGGACCUUGGGAAUGCCUCAGCAGCUGUGCUGUGGAUGAACCUGGCCUCGGAGCUGCCAGGGAGCACCAAAGAGGAUGCAGAAAGCGAAAGGGAACUUGAAGAGAUGCGCUCAGUCUGGGAGGAAUAAUUUUGGAAAAAYUCAUCGCACUGGAUACUGCAGAGACAGUAAAAUUCCAAAUGGAUUUCAUGAUCCUGACAGUUCUAAAUGCACUUUGUGGAUAAGCCACAAGAGCUUACAGGAAAACACACCCAGCAGCACRUCCAGGAAGACAUCUUGGAAUUAAUGGGAUAAAACCGUGGUUUAUUUUCCUUUGUACAGCACUGCACGUGUUUGAUUUUAGGAUCCCUAAAAAUGUUACAUUCCUAAAAACGGGGGAAUGUGGGGGUUUAUAGGUAGAGUUUGUGAUAUAAUAAUAUUUGUGGUUAUAUAUUUGUGAGAUAGAUACUUUGUGAUAUAAAUGUGUAUAAUAGAUAUUUUUAUAUAUGUGUGUAUGAAUAUAUAUAUUUAUAUAUAAUAUAUAUAUGCACAUACAUAUUUUAUAUCACACACUCUGCCCCUCUGACAGCCUUGCUGGUGAGCUCCCAGUUCAUUCCCAAGGAAAACUUGAGCCAAAUGUUKUUCCAGUUUAUUUGUAUUCUCUUUUCUUUAGUAAUUAAUUGAAUCAGUUGGAAUAACUGAUAAAUGCCUUUUGUAGAURUUUAGGGGAGAUCAAUUUCCAAGMAGGACCAAGGAGCUUUCCUGCACAAUCCAGACUGGAUUUUAAGAGGUUCAUUAGUUAAAGAAGUGAGGAGUAGGAUUUUGAAUUUCAGGAUUUCUUCCCAGUGAUGUUUCUCUUUUCACUCACACGAGGCUGAAAAUUUUUAUCUCUCCAAGCUGUGCUGCUGUGGUUUAGGUGGAAUAACUGAGUUUGGAAAGUAGUAACUGAUCAGGGAACAGGUUACAGGAGCAGGAAUACCCUGUGGCAAGGCUGAUGCUUCCCUGUGAUGAUCUUCUACCACUGACCAGAUUCAUUAUCUUCAAUUUAAUUGUCUCCUGGACUAAUGAGGCAACGCCAAGGAGGUGAAGCUGAAGAUUGACAUUUCCUCUUGCAGCUCUGGGGACCAGACGGGAACAGGGAAUUGUGCUGGAUGCUGACACAGAUGGGGAAGGAAAACSUGUGUUGAGGAAUUCUCCAAAUACUUCAUCAAGGCUUUGUUGAUAUCCCUUAAAAUUUCAAUGGCAGCUACUGAACACUAAUUUSUGAGCAUCUGUUUCGUGCUGUGAUGGUUGUGAGGGUAAAGUGAGGAGUGUGAGAGUAAAACAUUCCUUAAAUCACCUUUCUUGUC